AUGUCGUCCACCGGAGCUAGUUUUGCUCAUGUUUACGUGCAGCAGAACCGGCAGAAGGAAAAAAUGAAGAGAAUGGAGGAGGAGAAAGGAAGAGAAGUGGAGGAUGGUGGUGGAGAGAGAAAAGUUGAGGAUGGUAAAGGUGGUAAGAGCAAUAAGAUCCACCCAGGUGGGUCUAUUUCUUCAGAUUCUGCAGGGAGCUUUGACUUUCCGAGAAUGUCGUCCACCGGAGCUAGUUUUGCUCAUGUUUACGUGCAGCAGAACCGGCAGAAGGAAAAAAUGAAGAGAAUGGAGGAGGAGAAAGGAAGAGAAGUGGAGGAUGGUGGUGGAGAGAGAAAAGUUGAGGAUGGUAAAGGUGGUAAGAGCAAUAAGAUCCACCCAGGUGGGUCUAUUUCUUCAGAUUCUGCAGGGAGCUUUGGUGAGACGAAGAACCAUGUAGCUUAA